ACACAAUUUUCAACUCCCCCUCAGCUGAGGAGCAAAAGAAUUAAAUAUCCCCAAAAGAAAGCCACCUAAAUCUUAAAAAUCUGAUAUGCACUGUAUGUUCAGUACAAACCAUUUUGAACGGCAGAUAGCAGCUGAAUGACAUUUCAGUGCACUGAAUUUUGAUGACUGUAAGUGUAUUCAAUACAUACAAUUUCAUUGGAUGAAGCGAAUAAUGGGAAGAGCAAUGGGAUGGUUUAGCAGGUUUUUGAGAUGGUGUUGUGGGUGUUUUGGUUUUAAGAAGGGGGGCUCUAAGGCUGUGGCGGGUCCUUUCUUUUUUGGGAAGAGAUGUCUGUCUCAGAAGUAUUUGUUGAAGUAUAUAGCCGGAGAAGCUUUCAAGGGAUCGCAGGGAGAUGUGUAUGGUUAUUCUACAGCGCCAGAUAGCCGCAGAAAGAUUCCUGUCAAAGAAACCAAUGUAAUUGUUAAAACAGAGGAUUCAAAUGGAAACAAAAUGAUCAAUGAAUAUGUUCGAGAGUGCAAGAUUGGAACGGGCAGCUAUGGCAAAGUGGUACUUUAUCGAAACACAAAAGAUGGAAAGCUGUAUGCUCUCAAGGUCCUUCACAAGUAUCGACUUUCCAAAGUGCGCGUGGCACCUACAGAAACUGCCUUGACAGAUGUCCUAAGGGAGGUUGAAAUCAUGAAAACAGUUGAGCACCCCAAUAUUGUGAAUCUAGUUGAGGUGAUUGAUGAUCCAAAUACUGAUCAACUUUGCAUGGUCCUCGAGUAUGUUGAAGGAAGGUGGAUUUUUGAAGGUUCUGGACCUGCUGGAGGAUUAGGAGAAGAUACUGCCAGAGUAUACUUUCGAGAUGUUCUUCAAGGUCUCAUAUAUCUCCACAAUUGUAAUAUUGUUCAUGGAGAUAUCAAGCCAGAAAACCUUUUGGUUACUAGCAAUGGAAGAGUGAAAAUUUGUGAUUUUAGUGUCAGUAGGAUGUUCAAGGAAAGCAAUGAUGAGCUUCGGAGGUCUCCUGGAACUCCUGUUUAUACUGCACCGGAAUGUUGCGUAGGUGUGACAUAUCAUGGUAAAAGGGCUGAUGUGUGGGCUUUGGGUGUGACACUUUAUUGCAUGGUUUUGGGUCAUUAUCCAUUUAUCGGUCAUACUCUGCAAGAUAUAUAUAACAAGAUUGUUCAUGAUCCAUUGCUCCUGCCAGAGGACAUGAAUCCAGAGCUUGCAAACUUGCUUGAAGGGCUUCUUUGCAAGGAUCCGAAUCAAAGGAUGAAAUUGGAUGCUGCUGCGAGGCAUCCAUGGGUUGUGAAGGUUAAUGCGUCAACCCUGCCAGAUUGAGGAAUAAUUUUCUAUCAUUCUGGUCAUUGCAAUAACACUACAGCUUCCUCUAAAACAUUGUCAAAUGCAUUUUAGCAAGGAUGGAUACAUACACUUAUCUAUGGCUGCUUAGUCAUGGAAGAAAUGCUUAGUUUUCUCAGAAGAUUGAUCUUUUUGAUCAUGACAUUAUUGAGCCAUCCUUUUGACACAUUUGCCCUGUGGUCUGUGUCAAUUUUCUGUAUUUGGAGGCAUGCAUUGGUAGCACUAAAAGUGAGUACUGAUGCAAUCUAGUUGCCAAAACAACUUCUGUGUGAAGGCACCGAAGGACCCUUUGCUACCAUACCCUGCCCUUUUGAGCCUAAAUGUGCUACCAAGUUUAUAUUAAAUUAUUAAACAAGGUUGUUAAAAUUGAAAGCAGCGAGGUAUGGAAAGUCAGGAGCAUGGAAUUUGGUCCUUGUGACAAAAUUUGUAUAUCGUAUUGUGUAGGGUGUGGUAUAAGAUAUCAUAGACAGAAAUUUGCAGUGGCAAUUGAUGCUAUUCGGGUUAGAAAUGAAACUAUAUUCAAAAUCAUAAAUUCCUGUUAUAGUGAGGUAUUUCGUCAAGGCUUUUUUAAAGUGGUUUUUGCAUUUUAUGCUGGUCAUUUCAAGGAUCUGAGGCUUACCUUGAUCAGUUGACAGUGGAUGCUUAUAUUGACUAGUUGAUGGACUGGAAGGUGUUACAAGAGCAGAAAUAAAGAGUAAGUUGGUUUUUAUUUCUUCUUGCUA